GGACGCUUCAAUUUGCUCCAAAUGUCACAGAAGGAAGACUCUGAAAGUGACAUUUGGGAGUAUAAACCUCUUGAGAAGAAAAAGAAGAGUCAGGAAUCGUCGUCUGUAACUAAAAGAAGAUGUACUUUAAGAAACCCCCCCAAGAGAGACGCGUCUUUCUCAGUCAAGUCACCUGACAGGAAUGUGAAAAUCAAAGCAGCUGAAAGUGGAGACUUCAGUACUGUUGUUAAUAUAGACGGACAUAACGGCUUAGAGGCAGAUAAUCAACCUUCAGAGUCCUCUCCUACUAAUGACACAGUCCAAACUGAGGAUGCUGUUGAGGGACCGUCAUCAGGAGACUUUUGCCCCAUGUGUCAGAUGCCCUUUUCCAUUUUACUGGUACAAACCCAAAGAUGGCAUGUGGCUGAAUGUCUUGACACCCCCAGGGACAAAUGCAAAGAAUGUCCAGAUGGUCUUCGGUGCUUCUCCACCAUCCCAAGCCAUUACAAGAAAUUCAACCACACAUUGCUGGCUCAUAGUCGAGCAAACAGUGCAACAGCCUUCUUCAGUCUGUCCCAGCAGGCGGAGACCAACAGGAAGACCAGUGUCAGUUGUCUCCCGGGACUGAUAAACAAUGAUACAGAGGGCUCCACUUUAGAGACAUCACAGCAGAGUGUCCUGUCCGACUGUAGUUCCUCUCCUCACAGUAAUCCCACUAGAACUUCUCUGUCUAAACUUAAAAAUGGCUUUUUGUUACUGCGGUCUCCUGGUCCAGAUGAUUUAAAGAAGAAGAAAGGCUGGUCAUUGUCUAGUAAAGGCCAAAAGACUAUCAGUGCUUCCCAAGAAAGUAAAACAGAGCUUUCUUUAACUCCUAUCAAGGCAGAGGGGGAAGAACAAGCUUGUGAAGGUUUUCUCAAAGGUGAGCUUUCCCCUGACAGUGAUGAUGCAAUAUCCUACUCUCCUCUUUCUGACUUCCCUGCUGAGAAGGAAGUCAAUAAUAGUGAAUGUAGAAAAGCCCUUUUUAUAAAUAAACCACUUGAAAAUGAAGAUGAAGACUCGUUACUGUUAAGUGAUGACUUCUUAAGUGGAGAUGAACUCCUAACUGAAUUUAUAGAUAAUCUGGAAACCAAUGAUUUGCCAGUCAAGGACCUGUUUUCCUCAAACACCCAGCUGGAGCCGGUUACUUCGUUAGCACCCACUAAUCAGAUAACUGCCUCUACAGUUGCUGAACACAAAGCUGUUUCUACAAAUGAAAAAGAAGCUCAUGCUACAUCUUCUAUUGCCACCAGUAAGACAAGCAUCCCGUCUAUGCAGAGUGUUGUUUUAGAGCGUCUGAGAGAAACUCUUCAAAGCUCUGACAGCUUGUGUUUCAAAAACUUGAAUGAUAGUAUUCAGUCGGCACAGCCCCACACACAUUCUCAACAAGUGCCUUCGUCUCAAACUUCCAGUGUCCAAAAAUCUCAAACCAUGCCUCCUCAGAGGGGCCAGAGCAAGGCAGGUCAGACCUCCUGUCUCAAGCAGAUGGACAUUGGGGUGUUUUUUGGUCUAAGACCUCUUAAGGAGAAGGAGAAAGAGGCUGAGAGUGGACCUACUGAACCCGGUGCUUCCUUUGUGCCCACACUUGGUGAAAACUCAAGACAGAGACGACAAAGGAGAGACAGGCAGAGAACGAGUAAGAAUGACACAACUGGAAAUACCUCACAGGGCACAGUAAUUGCAGAUAGCAGUGAUACAGUUAAUGCUCAGGGAGAAGCAAGGAGAGGUGGAAGCAGAGGAUCGAGAAGAAGAAGGUGGAACAGAGGGAACACUGGUGGAGAAGUAGGGUUGCUGCGCUGUCCGUUCUACAAGAAGAUUCCAGGCACAAAGUUUGCCAUAGAUGCCUUUCGUUAUGGAGAGAUUGAGGGCAUCACUGCCUACUUCCUAACACAUUUCCACUCAGACCACUACGAUGGGUUGACUAAGAACUCCACAUUUCCAAUCUACUGUAACAGAAUCACAGGUAACUUGGUGAAGAACAAACUGAAGGUGGCAGAGCAAUGUGUCCACAUUCUCCCCAUGAACACCCUGGUCACUGUGGAGGGAGUCGGGGUCAUCCUACUGGAUGCCAACCAUUGUCCUGGAGCUGCCAUGCUGCUGUUCUUCCUGCCCAACGGAGAGACAGUCCUCCACACUGGAGACUUCAGAGCUGAUCCCUCAAUGGAAGACUACCCAGAGCUACUCGGCUGCAGGGUGCAGACGCUCUACCUGGACACCACCUACUGCAGUCCUAAAUACACCUUUCCCAGACAGCAAGAGGUCAUCAACUUUGCAGCCAGCACAGCCUUUGAACUGGUGACGCUCAAUCCUCAUACACUGGUGGUGUGUGGAUCUUACUCCGUGGGAAAAGAGAAGGUCUUCUUGACAGUGGCAGAUAUCCUGGGCUCUAAAGUGUGCCUCUCUCGAGACAAAUACAACACCAUGUGCUGUCUGGAGUCGGAGGAAGUCAGAACACAUAUAACCACUGACUGGAAGGCAGCGCAGGUUCAUGUGCUUCCCAUGAUGCAGUUAACUUUCAAAAAACUGCAGGAUCACCUGGCACGCUUUUCAGGACAGUAUGAUCAGCUUGUAGCCUUUAAGCCCACAGGCUGGACCUUCAGCGAACAGGUGGAAUCAGUGGAAGAUAUUCAGCCUGAGAUCCAUGGCAACAUCUCUAUCUAUGGAAUCCCAUACAGCGAACACAGCAGUUUUCUGGAGUUAAAGCGUUUCGUCCAGUGGCUCCAGCCUCUCAAGAUCAUCCCUACAGUCAAUAAUGGCAGCUGGGCUAGCAGGAAGGCUAUGGAGAAGUGCUUUAGUGAGUGGCUCAUGGAAACUAAAGCCAAACUGUAGUUUAUUUAGUGAUAAAUGAUUUGCAGCUACUCUCAAGAUCAUCUCUGCUGCUCCUCGGUAACAAGAGCAAAACCAGUUCAUGCUCAGUAUUUCAAAGGCUGUAUUAACACAUUUUAACAGUACUUAUUUUAUUACCUUUUAGUCCAUAACAACAGCAUUUUAGAGCAGAGGACUGUGAUAAAGUAGACUGUAGAUCUAUAAAAAUA